ACGCGCACACGCACGUUCAAAGAAGACGAACAUAAAAAUUCGUUGCGAUAAGACUAUAAAUUCAGUUGUUUGAUCAUAUAAUUAAUAUUUUGAGAAUUUUAAUCACAAUCUCCUCUCCAAAAUGCCCCUCCAGCUACUGAUUAGGAAGGCCAAUAAUAUUUUGGUCACCGCAACCAGGCAGAACACAUCGCUCCUCAUCCACAGAACACUGUCUCAAGGAAAAAUGAGUGGAAAUCGCGUAAAGGUGGCUGAAGCUAAACGCUUCGUGAGGGAUUGUUUCCUGGCAGCUCAGGUACGUGCUGAGAAUGCCCAGGCAAUGGCUGACCUGCUGAUUGAAGCUGACUAUCGGGGGCACUUCAGUCACGGGAUGAAUCGUCUUGAGAUGUACAUAAAUGAUUUGGACAAGAAGACAACGGAUGGGAAUGUGGAUCCGGUGGUAUUGAAGGAAACUCCUGCAACAGCCUGGAUUGAUGGACGUCACGGCCUAGGGGUUGUUGUGGGGAAUUUCUCCAUGGAUUUGGCCAUAAAGAAAGCAAAGGAAGUUGGUGUGGGAUGGACUUGUGCCAAAGGAUCAAAUCAUUAUGGAAUUGCUGGGUGGUACACGUUGAGAGCAAUGAAGGAAGGCCUCAUUGGACUCUCAAUGACCAACACAUCACCCUUUAUGAGCCCUACACGGAGUAAGGAAGCAGCCCUGGGUACUAAUCCCCUUUCAUUUGGAGCUCCUGCAAGCAAUGGGGACAGUUUUCUGCUGGACAUGGCUACAACGGCUGUAGCUGUGGGAAAGAUUGAAAUGCAAAUAAGGAAGGAUGAGCCAAUCCCCCGAGGAUGGGCACAAGAUCCUUCCGGACAAACGACAACAGAUGCCAAUCUUGCCUUCAAUUCUGGCUGCCUUAUGCCCUUGGGUGGGGAGGAAUUAACUUCCGGGUAUAAAGGAUACGGGUUGGGAGCAAUGGUGGAGAUUAUGUGUGGAAUAAUGAGUGGAGCAAACUACGCCAGCAAUAUCCGGAAAUGGUCGCACGCGGGAUCAGAAGAACUCGCCAAUCUUGGCCAAUGCUUCAUUGCAAUCGAUCCAAAUUGCUUCGCUCCGGGAUUUGCUGAUCGUCUUGGAGAUCUCAACAACUUACUUCGUGCUGUUCCCCCUGCUGACCCUGAGAAACCCGUCCUGGUGGCUGGGGACCCCGAAGCAGCCCAUAUGGCCAAAGUGGACAAUGAUGGUGGUAUAAAUUAUCACGAGAAUCAGCUAAAAUCCUGUCAAAAUCUCGCAAAACGACUCAACGUAGCCCCAUUGGAGCUUGCACCAAAAUAACCCGCAAAAUGUUUUUUUAAAUAAAUUGUAAUUUAUCCAAAGACUUA